CCCUCUCUCUCUCUCUCUCUCUCUCUCAAAAAAAAAUAAUAAAAAUAAAAACACACACACAGUUCACACUGCUUAGACCAUUUUUUUUUUUCAUCUUAAAAAGGAGUCCUAACGACACCGACAGCUUUCUUCUUUUUCUAUUUGCUCUAUCAUUCUCAUCAUCACUUUCUUAUUUCUGGGACUCUGCACAGAGAGAACCCAAACAUGGCGGACGCAACAAAGCAUGUACCCAUCAAUGGAGGAACUCUGAUCUCAGACCUCAAGAGCCUCUUCUCCAUCUUCAGAACAAAAACAACCAGAGCUUUUGCUUAUGGCUUCAUGUUUGCUUUUGUUGUUUUCACUGUUUUCUUAGCCUUUAAUCCUUCUUCAAAUUCUUCCUCUCCAUGGUUCACUAACAUCUUUACUAGUAGUACUAGUUUAGCAUCAUCAUCAACAAAUACAAGUUCAUCAUCGUAUGGAUCUCAGUUUUCUUCAAAUUUUACUAACUUUUUCCCAAAUUCAACCAAACAAGGCCACAACGUUACUUCUCUCCCACCCCCAACUAAUACUUCCAGAUCUCAAGACACUACGUUACAAUCACCCAAUUUGCUUACAGAACCAUCCAUUCCCAAAAACCAGACUCGAGAUAAAGUUGAAGUCUUGAAGCAAAACCAGAGCACAAUUGUGGCACCAAAAGCUCCGGUGACGGCAAAUCACACUGUGGAUUCACUACCAAAGUCAGACCAGAACCCAAUUGCUGCACCGAAAGCACCGGUGACGGCAAAUCAAACUGGGAAUUCACCACCGAAGUCAGACCAGAACCCAAUUGCUGCACCGAAAGCACCGGUUACGGCAAAUCAAACUGGGAAUUCACCACCGAAUAUUGCUCAAAAUGUGGAUUCCAAUCAUACAUCUUCUUUGACGAAGAAACCUAAUUCUGGUGCGACUGUGAAACAGAGGAGUGAUAAUUUGGUUGAUUCUCUAAUGAAUUGUGAUAUAUUUGAUGGGGAUUGGGUGAAAGACAAUUCGUAUCCGCUCUACAAACCAGGCUCUUGUUCGCUGAUUGAUGAGCAAUUCAAUUGUUUUCUUAAUGGUAGGCCUGACAAUGGCUAUCAUAAACUCAAGUGGAAGCCCAGGGAUUGCAGUCUUCCAAGGUUGGAUGGAGGUCAUAUGUUGGAAUUGCUGAGAGGUAAGAGAUUGGUUUUUGUUGGGGAUUCUCUGAAUAGGAAUAUGUGGGAAUCUCUGGUUUGCAUCUUAAGAAACUCCGUCAAAAAUCGAAAGAACGUUUACGAAGUAUCUGGCAGACACCAUUUUCGAACAGAAGCAUCUUAUUCUUUUGUAUUUAAAGACUAUAAUUGCACAGUGGAGUUCUUUGUGUCUCCAUUCUUAGUUCAAGAAUGGGAAAUGCCAGACAAGAAGGGAUUGAAGAAGGAAACUCUUCGCCUUGAUUUAAUUGGGAUGUCUGCUGACAAUUACAAAAAUGCGGACAUCAUUAUCUUCAAUACCGGACACUGGUGGACUCAUGAGAAGACUUCCUUAGGGAAAGACUACUAUCAAGAAGGUAGCAAUGUGUACCAUGAAUUGAAUGUUCUGGAGGCAUUCCGGAAAGCAUUAACAACAUGGGGAAGAUGGGUUGAUGCGAAUAUAAAUCCGAAGAAGACCCUAGUAUUCUUCAGAGGUUAUUCAGCCUCUCAUUUCAGUGGUGGGCAGUGGAAUUCUGGUGGGCAAUGUGACAAUGAAAUUGAACCUAUUAAGAAUAAGACAUAUCUAAUGCAAUAUCCGCCGAAGAUGUCAGUACUAGAGUCUGUGUUGAAGGGGAUGAAAAUUCACGUCUCUUAUUUGAACAUCACAAGAUUGACAGAUUAUCGGAAGGAUGGUCACCCAUCAAUUUACCGGAAGCAAAAUCCAUCCAAGGAAGAAAAGAUAAAACCAUUGCAGUUCCAGGACUGCAGCCAUUGGUGCCUUCCCGGAGUGCCUGAUGCGUGGAAUGAGCUUCUCUACGCGGAGCUUUUGAUAAACCAGAACCAGAAACAACAAGAGAAGAAAAGACCAUAGGUGGUGACGAAGCACAUCUCAAGAGGCUAUGUUUAUUGAAAUAUUGAGUUGAGGCACAGAUAGACAUAUGCAUGCAUUAUACUUGGUUUUUAUUUCUGUUUGGGGAGGAGUAUAGAAACAAACAUGUACUUGGAGAAGAUGAAGAUGGAUCCAAGAAAGUGUUUUUCAGUAUAAAUUAUGAGAAGAGAGAAGCAACGUAUAGAAGUGAAGUGGUACCCCCCUUGAGAGAGAGAUCUCUAAUUGUUUAUAUGUAUGGGAAAUAGGGAUUUUGUUUGGAUAAAAAAUUAACACUCUAAAGUUAUUUUUUUAAGUCUCAAGAGCUUAGAGAUUGUAAUUACAAUUGUUCAGUUUGUUCAUCCCAAUAAAAUAAAGUGGAUUUGUUGUAA